AUGUUUUUCAUUGGCUCUUUGGCUGCUAUUCUCGUCGCUUCUCAAGGCGCAUUGGCCGUUGGCAGUCCUUUUGGAUUUGCUACUGGUACAACCGGAGGUUCCUCUGCUGCACCCGCCACUCCUACUUCGACAUCUCAGCUCGCUAGCUGGUUGUCGGACAGCACUACUCGUACCAUUCUCCUCGACAGGACCUACGAUUUUACCGAUACCGAAGGUUCGGUUACAGGACCUGGCUGCAAGCCUUGGGCAUGCUCGCCCAAUCCUCAACAGUCGCUCGACGGAAACGGCUGGUGCUCAUCUACCGCGCCCAAGACUACCAUCACCUACAAAAAAGCCGGCACAACCGCGCUCGCCGUUGGCUCCAAUAAGACGAUUCUCGGAAAGGGCAACUCGGGAUGGAUUAAGGGCAAGGGCCUGAGGCUGGCUGGUAGCAAGAACGUGAUCAUUCAAAACAUUCGCAUUUCGGAUAUUAACCCUCAGUAUGUCUGGGGUGGGGAUGCGAUUGAUCUUUCUGGUGCUACCAACGUUUGGAUUGAUCACAACUACAUUAAAAGCAUUGGCCGUCAAUUCCUCGUUUCGCACUUUGAACCGAACACCAAAGUUACCAUUUCUAACAACUACUUUGAUGGACAAUCGACCUGGUCCACCGGCUGCGAUCAGCACCACUACUGGGCUUUCCUCUUGCUCGGCAAGAACGACCAGAUUACCUUUGCACGCAACUACGUGUACUUUACAUCUGGACGUGGACCUCAUAUCGGUGGUACCUCUGGAAACAAGCAGCUGAUGCACAUGUACAACAACUACUUUAACGAUAUCACCGGCCAUGCUCUGGAUGCUGAUGUCGGAGGCACAGUGCUGGCUGAAGGCAACUACUUCAACAAGGUCAAGACUCCUUCGACCGGAAACGUGAAUGGCGCUGUCUUUGCUCCUACUUCCGCUACAAUGGCCAACCAGUGCUCAACCAGCCUCGGAAGGAAGUGUGUACUCAACACCCUCGGCGGCGGAUCUGGAGCACUGACCAACACGGCCAAGAACUCGAUUGUCUCCCAGUUCACUGCCUCUGUCGUCAAGAGCGCAUCCAUCAUGGAUCCCUCGACUGUUGCCUCUUACGUAUUGGCUAAUGCCGGUACCGGCAAGGUGAACUAG